GCUUUACCAAGAUUAUCAUCACAGGAAGUGUUGGAUUCACUUUGUCCAUGUGAAUGGAAUAAACCCAGAAAAAAACUUUGUGUUGUUUUGGUGACUUCAACAUCAAGUAAUCAUGAUGUUCACAGGGAAACUUUUAGACUUUACGCACAAAAUGCUCCUUAUAGUAUUGAUAAAGUUCGAUUUGCUUAUAUUUAUCAUGAUAAACAAAUUGAGUUUGUUAAUGCUUUAAUACCAGAGGGUAAAUUAGUAGAACCUCUUCUAAGAAUCGUAAUAUUAUGGCGUAGAGACACUCAACAUGUAAAAUAUGAAUGGGCCGAUGAAAAAUGGGAAUAUGAAGAAAAUAUGAAUGAUACAACACAAAAAUUAGAAAACACGAUAAGCCGAUUAUUACGUUCAACGGAAGCUUUAACUUACGAAGCGUUUGUAAAAGAAUUAUUUGAUGAACACGCAAAAGGAAUCGUCGGUAGAGUGUUCUCAAAAAUUCGCACCAUUUGGUUAUCAAUAUACGAUGGAUUAAGCAAAGAACAAAUCCUCCCUGCUUUAUCCGUUUUGGGAACAGUCGCUUUUAUUGUUAUAAUUGGUUUCGUUAUGACGUAUUUUGUGCGGAUCGAAGAAGAAAAAAUAAACGCCACCAAAAGUUCAGUAACAAACAAUAACGUAUCAAAUGGAUCAAUUUCCGUUUAUCAACCGGAACUGAAAAUUCAUGAACUUCGAUCAGAAAAAUAUCACGGCUUGGUGAGACUUUUAAAACCGGGAUGUCGUACGAUUUUACUCAUCUUAGAUAUGCAAUCGAGACAACAAUUAAUUCCACCGUUUCAUAAAGCUGUUUGGCCAUACAGGAAAAAUAAAACAUUAAUGUUUGCUUAUAUGUAUAUCGAACGAGGAAUAAGUUGGUUUAAAGAACUUUUGGAACUAUCAAUAAUGGAUACAAGAGAAUUAAAAAUACAAAAUCCUAGAAAUUGUGUUGGAACUGUUUUAGCUUUAAAUGGCCACAGAAAAUAUUUUUGUAUGUUUCAUGCAAAACACACAGAAUUAAAUCAUGGUUUAAGAAAAAAAUUGAAGUUAUAUUCGAUUCAAAAAAAGGAUUUAGAAACAGCUGCUUUUAUUGCUUUUGAUGAAUCAUCAUCAUCAGAUUCAGAUAAAGAAGAUGUGCUAUUGGAAGGUGAUCUUUUAGAUGGAUUACCAAUUUGGCUCGAUAAAUUAUUUGAAGGAACGACGCAACGUUUUCGCAUUAAUUACUGGCCUGAGUUUCCAAAUAAAUAAAAAAAAUAACUCAUUUUUACGAGUUUUUGGGUCAGACUUAGAUAAUUUUAAUUAAUUGAAUUUUAAUCUAAAUCGAAAAAAAAAGGAAACUGUAAUUGUUAGUAAAUUUACAUUUCGUAGGAACAAUCAAGUAUUAUGAAAAAAAUAAAAGGGAAAAAAGAAUGAAACAAUUUUCGAAGCGAUCUUUAUACUGUUAUAGGGUAUAGGAAAAUUUAUUACUACUAUUUAAUGAGAUAGAUAGGGUAACUACGAAUGAAGUAGCCUUUAUUCAAAUAAUUAAUUAUAAAUAAAUUAGAGACGCCACUUAAACAAUUAAAAAAUAGUGCAUUUUUUAAUUGAGACAAGUCACUAAGAUAAAAAAAACUAUUUGUAACAAGUUUAUCUAGUCAAACUCGAAACGUUCAUAAAUAUAACUAUUAAAGAAAAAAAAGCUAGCUAAUAUUAAACUUUAAAGCUUAGUUAUAUAGUUUAAUUUUUUUAUAUUGUGUUUCUUGUACAAGAUGGCGCAUUUUAUUAAAUACAAGAUCGUUUUUUCACUUUUAAACAAAAUGUUAGUUGAAUGAACACAUUUAAUCUUAUAAGUAUAAUUAGAUGCCAAUCACAUAAUUUAUUAAUUAAUUAUAGAUAUGGCGUAAAUAUUUAUUUUAUGCGUAAAAAAGAAUAACAUUUUCAGUAGGUAGUUGUGAAUAGAGAUGCAAUGGAUGUAAUCAUAAUACAGUUGCCAUUAAAUUUAAAUAUGUUAAUAUAAUUGGGCUAAAUUUA